CCUUUACUUACCGUCCCUGACUUUAGUUGAUGGGGAAAAAUGACCCCCAUUCAGAAGCCAGUAUCAGCCCAGCCGGCGCUGGCAUCUCCGGCAUCUCCUCCCGCCUCUUCUACUCCCUCCUCUGAAUCUACUUCUGCUUCUGCUUCCUCCUCCUCUGCUUCAGUCGCAAUGGCAAAGACUUAUCCUCCCGUGCAGCCUGGAGGCAGUUUGAUCUUAGCAUGGCAAAUCAAGCACAAGAAGGUGCUUGUUGUCGGCGGUGGUGAGGUCGCUGCUGGUAGAAUCUUAAACUGCCUCAACGCCGAUGCCAACGUCACUGUCGUGUGCCCCAAGUCCGGCCUCAAUGAUGAAGUCGCCUACCGAGUUAGCGAAGGCCAGGUCGCCCACGUCGACCGAGUAUUCGAGCCCGAAGAUUUAGACGGGGCCAGCAUGGUUCUGGUCGCUAUCGACGACCCCGCCGCCUCGACCGUCAUUUGGAAGCUUUGCAAGGAGCGAAGGAUUCCCGCCAACAUCGCCGACGUACCACCAGAAUGCGAUUUCUAUUUCGGCAGUAUCCAUCGUGAUGGUCCCCUCCAGAUUAUGGUCAGCACCAACGGCAAGGGACCCAGGUUGGCGGCGGCCAUUCGGCAGUUCAUCGCCAAGCAACUACCCAAGAAUGCUGGUAAUGCCAUCGAGACUAUCGGUGAACUACGACUAAGAUUAAGAAAAAUGGCCCCCAAGCCUGAGGAUGGACCCAAACGAAUGCUCUGGAUGUCCAAAGUUAGCGAUACCUACAAGUGGGACGAGAUGUGCGGCCUCACAGACGAAGAUAUGGACAAUCUCCUUCUGUUUUAUCCUGCCAACAAAGUCCCUGCGAUGGACGUUCUGCUAGCUCUCCGGGGAGGCACUGACGUCAAGAAACUCGACGUCUUUGACGGCUCAUUCGGCUUCAGUGUCGGCGCCUAGAUACCGACAACACAUACAGCAGGCAAUAUCUACUAAACGAUGGCGCAAGACACGGAGAACACUACGAUGUAUACAAUUUAUUUGGGACAAGGUGCAUAUAUGGUUUGGAACAUUUUGACUACGUAUUGUAGAUGGGGAAGACGCUGUCAUAGCAUUAUUUGGUAUGGAAAUGGCGGUUUCAGAACAGUUCACCAGUUGCGGUAUUAUUUGUUGGGGACAUACUAUUCAUUCUAGAUUGUCGUAUUUACAAAUCCUUUGAAAUUGCUCAGACAUGUGGAUGGUCGAUCCCGAGACAUAUCGGCAGUUUAUGUCAAAACAAAACGAAACACGAUGAUUCGCUCGGCAGUUGUCAGGGUGUAAGCACUGUAUUAUAGGAGGGAGAGAUGAUCAUUAAUUUUUGUAAUUUUUUUCUAUGGUCAAGUUUUCAUCCGCCCAACCUUUUAACUGAUCUAUUCUAUGUCGUCAUGCAUCAUAACUUGGUAUCAUGAAAGCCUCUACAGCUUAAGAACCACCUUGUGGGUAGCAGUCUUCUCCUUCUCGUCGCCGAAAACAUCAAUGUCCCAAUCAGGAGAGUCUGGAAAAUGUUAGUAGAAAUUCAGGUAUUUGGGAUCGUGGAUUGAGACUUACAGGUCUUGGGGAUGUUGAAACGCUGGGGCUUCUCGCCGAACUUCUCAAGCUCCUUGAUAGCCUCCUCGUCAAGCUCCACCUCCUCGAAGUUGCUGCGAAUACGAGCGGGAGUAACGGACUUGGGGAUGACGAUGUGGUUGUCGAGGGUGGACCAGGCGAGGAUGACCUGGGCGGGCGUGACCUCCUUACCCUUGGACUUGCUGAGGCGCUCAGCGAUAGCCUUGACCUCGGGGGUGUUGAUGAGGAGAGGCUCGCCCCAUGAGUUGUUGCCGAAGGCAGAGUAGGCGGUCAGGUAGAUACCCUUCUCCUUCUGGUACUUGACAAGCUCGGGCUGGGGAAGACGAGGGUGGCGCUCGACUUGGUUGAUGGCCGGGGUGACACCGGUGUCCUUGAUGAUGGUCUCAAGCUAGUGGGGGUCAGUUGUUUGUUCAAAAGUUGGGGUGAGGCAUUGUAGAAGCUUACCAUCUCAAUAGAGAAGUUGGAGACACCAAUGGAGCGGACCUUCUCCUUGGGCAGCUUGGUAACGGCCUCCCAAGUCUGGGACAGGGUGACGCCCUGGUCAAGCUCGGUCUUGUUCUUAUCGUCGGCCUUGAGGGGGAAGAGCUCGGGGCCGUUCUUGAAGGCAACGGGCCAGUGGAUCAGCCAGAGCUGAUACGAUGGUUAGCCGUGCGUGGAAACGAGUGAAUGAAUCUCAAACUCACGUCAAGGUAGUCAAGACCAAGCUCCUCAAGGGAGUCAUCAAGAGCACCGGGAACCUCCUCAGGGCGGUGCUUGUUGUUCCAGAGCUUGCCGGUGAUGAAGAUGUCCUCACGCUUAAGGCCGGGGACGUCGUUGAGGGCCUUCUUGAUACCCUCGCCGACCUCACGCUGGUUCUGGUAGAUCUUGGCAAGAUCGAGGUGACGGUAACCGGCCUUGAGGGCCUCGUAGACACCGUUGCCGACCUCACCGGGGGCAGCCUGCCAGGUGCCGUAGCCGAUCUGGGGCAUCUUGUGGCCCGAGUUGAGGGUGACAGUUCGACC